AUGGAUUAUCAGGAGAAACCAGUGAAACGGCAACGGCCGUUCCUUAAAGCCAAAGACACUCCGCCGGUUGCCAUCGCAUUCUUGUAUGGAUUUCAACAAGUCAUGGUGUGCGUUUCCGCACUUCUCACGGUGCCCCUCAUCAUGGCCGAUUCGCUCUGUCCAGGCUCCAGUAUUGCAAAACUCCGUCAAACGUUGAUUAGCUCAACAUUUGUGAGCAGCGGCAUCUCGACGAUAAUUCAAACCCUAUUCGGAAUGCGACUGGCGUUGCUUCAAGGCACCGCGUUCGCCUACGUCCCAUCGGUUCAAGGAUUCAUGAGUUUGCCGGAGAAUAUGUGCAACGCCACCGAGCACGACGAAGUGCCUCCGGAAGUUUACUAUGGGAAACUCGCUCUGAUUCAAGGCUGCCUCAUCGCUUCAUCGUUUGUUCCAAUGCUCAUCGGAGCCACAGGAUUAGUCGGGCUUCUCACCAAAUUCAUCGGUCCACUUACUGUAUCGCCGUUGAUGCUUCUUCUAGCAUUCAGUCAAGUCGAACUCAUGGUCACUCACAUUUCAAAGCAUUGGGUGGCCAUUGUUCAAGCUGUCACAUUGUUCGCAACAAUUUUGUAUCUUGUCGAUGUGAAGGUCCCAUUGCCGGGCGUCAAGCACGGAAAAUUCCAUUGGUAUCGCACGAAUAUUUUUGGGCAAUAUCCGUAUCUCAUUGCGAUCAUCACCUCUUGGAUUUUUUGUGUCGCCUUGACUCUGCUGAAUCUAACCCCCGAAGGAAGUCCGGCUAGAGUUGACAAGAAUAUCUCGCUGGCGGUGAUUCGUGAAUCGAAUUGGCUUGAAGUUCCGUAUCCGGGCAAAUUCGGACCACCUCAAUUCAAUCUGGGCCUCUUCUUAUUGUUCCUACUAUCGGCAAUGACUUCGGUGUUCGAAUCGGUCGGAGAUUAUCACGCCGCGGCUCGAGUCUCCGAAGAGCGACCACCGCCGAGUCAUGCAAUCAAUCGAGGAAUCCUCGCCGAAGGUUUCGGAUCGCUGAUAUCCGGAUUGUUGGGACCGGGCGUCGGAAUGACGACACACACCGAGAAUAUCGGAGUUAUUGGGGUGACCCGAGUGGCGUCGAGAUGGACAAUGGUUGUCGCUGGCGUCCUUCUCAUCAUUUUGGGAUUGAUCACCAAGAUCGGUGCACUUCUGUCGACCAUUCCAGACCCAUUGGUGGGAGGUGUGCUCGCCUCAUCGAUGGCAAUGGUUGUCGGUGUCGCCGUCUCGAACCUGCAAACCGUCGACAUGUCAAUGUCGCGUAAUAUGGGAAUUUUCGGCUUCUCGAUGAUGCUCGGUUUCAUCGUUCCGAAUUAUUAUAAGAAAUUUCCGGUGGCAACCGAUUGGGGAUGGCUCAAUCAGAUUCUCAAUGUUCUACUCCAAAUGCCAAUGUUUGUUGGCGCGCUGUGCGCGUGUAUUCUAGACAACACAAUUGGAGGUGCCACGAGAGAGCAGCGUGGCCUCCGAGCUCGCGGUGAAAUCCACGCGGUCGGCAUCGAUGAAUGCACCUACAGCUAUCCGCCGAUAGUCAUGAGAAUUCUGAAUAAGAUACCACUGGUCAAAUAUUUGCCAUGUAUGCCAAAAGAGAAAAAGGCAACAAAUCGGGUGGUUCAAGAGGAAAUUCGACUCUAA